GAAAGGAGGCAGGGGCGCACUGGAAAGCGGCGGAGGCACGAAGGUGGCUGGCUGCAUUGCAGGGCGACGUCCAUUUGUGGAGUCCAGCACCCCCUCGCGCUCCGUUUGUGCUCUCGUUACUCUACUUUUCACAAUCUUGCGGAUAGCCUCGACUCCCUCCACUUAGGGUUCCCAGACCAUCACUGCAGUGUAUGAUACCUCUGUGGCUGUCGUUUCUUGCAGCUCACAUUUACAAUUCGCGACAAGCAGCGAGGUUAUAGCACUCGCUGCGUCGUGUUUCUGCAGUUUCUGCGCAAAUUCGUUUCCGCUUCGAGGGAAUUAUUAGAGCGGAUCUGGUGUGGGGAUCAUGUGCUUGAAUUGUUUUCCAAGAGGAAUGCACGAAGAGUGUAGUGAUCUGUAGAGUGCAAGUGCGACGUGAGAGAGAGAGAGAGAGAGAGAGGACAGAGGAGGUGGAAAGAGCCGAACCGGGGUUGUUAGGUUAAUAGAUCUGAAGAAUGGCGUACAAUGAUGACAAGAGCGAGGAUUAUUUGUUUAAGGUGGUGCUGAUAGGAGACUCUGCUGUCGGGAAGUCGAACCUGCUGUCCAGAUAUGCGCGUAAUGAAUUUAAUCUGAAUUCAAAGGCGACAAUUGGAGUGGAGUUUCAGACUCAGAGUAUGGAGAUUGGCGGCAAAGAAAUAAAAGCACAGAUCUGGGAUACAGCUGGCCAAGAGCGGUUCAGGGCAGUGACUUCGGCUUACUACAGAGGCGCAGUUGGUGCGCUUAUUGUGUAUGAUAUAAGCCGGAGAGGCACUUUCGAGAAUGUUGGUCGCUGGUUAGACGAGCUCAGAGUGCAUUCGGACGCAAGCGUUGUGGUGAUGCUAGUGGGCAACAAGUGUGAUCUAGACAAUAUCAGGGAGGUGUCACAAGAAGAAGCCACCUUGUUAGCGCAGAACGAGAAAAUGUCGUUUAUCGAGACGUCAGCCAUGGAUGCAACGAAUGUCACCAAUGCGUUCCAAUCGGUUGUGAAGGAGAUUUACAGAGUAGUCAGCAAGAAGCCACUUGCGUCGUCUACGUCAAUGAAGUCCAACACCGUUUUAGGAAGCAGCCAAAGAUUGGCAGGCAUCGACGACACACAGCCAAAGAAAAACUGCUGUUCAACAGGUUGACACAUUACACCACUCGGUGGCCUUUGUGCAGAUCUUCUUGUAUUACUUUUUUUUACGUCCGAUACCUGUAACUAGGAGGAUACAAAACAUUUAGGUAGAGAUUGUCUCAUCAUUUUCAGGUCAGAAACUAGAGAAACCUUCAUUGUUUGAUUACGUUACUUGGUUGAAUUUGUUUGUUGUUUUAAUGGAAAACAAAACUGAAUUGGAAAACAAUUACAGCUCG